GCUGGCUGGCAGCUCCUGCACACAGCAGCCAGCUCUCGUGUGGAUAUAAACCCACUGAGUUUUUCUUUAAUUCUUGUUUUGGAGCCCUGAAAAUCCUGUUUUGUCGGUGAAGAGAUGGUUUCUUUCCCGGAUAGUGAGGUCCGCGAUGCUGUCGGAGGGCGCUGCGAGCCUGAGGGAGCUGAAAGCCGAGAAGCCGAGGCUGAAUGCGGGGCUGCUGAAGAGCAGCGCGGCCGCAUCAUCGUGUGGAGAAACGUUGUCCUCAUGGCUCUGCUCCACACCGGCGCGCUGUACGCAGUCCUGCUCAUCCCCAGGGCGCAUCCUUUCACCUGGAUAUGGACUUAUGUGUGUUUCAUAAUCACAGCCCUUGGGGUUACAGCUGGAGCCCAUCGCUUAUGGAGUCACAGGUCUUACAAAGCCAAACUGCCUCUGAGGAUCUUCCUGGCUGCUGCCAACUCCAUGGCAUUCCAGAAUGAUAUCUUUGAGUGGUCCAGAGAUCACAGGGCCCACCACAAGUACUCUGAGACGGAUGCUGACCCCCACAAUGCAAAGCGAGGCUUUUUCUUUGCUCACGUAGGCUGGCUGUUUGUGCGCAAACACAGUGAUGUCAUUGAGAAGGGCAAGAGGCUGGAUCUCAGUGACCUGUUAGCUGACCCUGUUGUUAUAUUCCAGAGGAGACAUUACAAAAUUUCAGUUGUGGUGAUGUGCUUCCUCCUGCCCACACUGGUGCCAUGGUACUUCUGGGGUGAAUGCAUUUGGAACUCGUACUUUCUGGCCGCCAUAUUACGCUACACCAUUUCUCUCAAUGUCGCCUGGUUAGUCAACAGCGCUGCCCACAUGUAUGGAAACCGGCCAUACGACAAGAACAUCAACCCACGAGAAAACUGCCUCGUUAGUUUUGGAGCCAUUGGAGAAGGUUACCACAACUACCACCACACUUUUCCCUUUGACUACGCAGCCAGUGAGUUAGGUCUUCGUUUCAACCCCACCACUUGCUUCAUCGAUCUUAUGUGCUGGUUCGGCCUCGCCAGCGACCGUAAAAAAGCCACGUCGGAGAUGAUCAAGGCUCGGAGGCUAAGGACAGGUGAUGGGAGCGCUUGAGGAGCCAAAAGCAUCGUACAGCUCUCGCAACAAAUCAAAAUGAGAACGUAUAUGAAAGGGAGAGGUGGUGUCAAGAUCUGUUGAUUUCAGUCUAUA